CCUGCUCUGGCCGGUCCAGCCCCGCCCCUGUCCCGGGCCAUGGCCCAGCCCUUGUCCCGGCUCCUCGUCCUAUCCCAAUCGGGACCUUGGCCCCCGGCCCCGCCCCCGCCUCGCUUCCCACGUCGGUCCCAGUCCCGGCCUGGGUCCCAGCGAAUGCCAAGGUCCGGGUCCCAGUCGCCCCCUUUGCUUCCUUCCGGGUCCCAGCCCCGGCCGCCCCUUGAGUCCUUGACCCUGGCCUGGCCCCCGUCCCCGCCCCUGCCGGUGUUCCACACCUUUUCACAAAUUCCAGUCCAGCCCUUAUCCCAAGCCCAUUCCCAGUGUUUGCCUAAGCCCCUGGCCCAACCUCUGCCCUUGCUCCAGUCCUCAUCACAGCCCAGGCUUCCAUGCCACCCCCUAUCCUUGUUCAAGCCCCAAUGCCCAGCCCAGCCCAACCCAUUAUUUCAGCCUUUGCCCUCAUCCCCGUGUAUACCCAAGUCUCUCCCGCUACCCGUCCCUCUCUCUCAUACCCUGCCCCUCUCCCAGCCCCGACUCAGAACUGGGCUCCAGCUGCCGCCAGCCCUAUUGCUGCUGUUGCUGUUCUCUGUCCUUGGCCCAGGGGCUGGAGGCCUUUUCCUGACCGAUUACUCCACCUGCUCACCCCGCAAGCUGAGUCCUUUCCGCUCCUUUGCCAGCACUGAGCUCUUCCACUUCCAUGUUCCCGAGGACACAUUCCUGGCUGUUUGGAACCUCAUCAUCUUCAAGGAGCAGGGGGGAACCUUUGGGGACCACUGCCCAGACCAAAGUGUGACUGUGUAUUUCCGGUCCGGGGCACCCCCUGUCAUCAAUCCCCUGCACACACACUUCCCAGGGGACACAGCUGUGCCUGGGGUUUUCUCACUGAACCUCAGCUGGACACUGCCUAACCGCACCUCAGGCAUCUUUAAUGUCAGCAGCCCCUUACCUGGGGACUGGUUCUUGGCUGCCCACCUUCCACAGGCCCAUGGCCACAUCUCUGUCAAGGGUCUCCAGGAUGAGUGUCAGUACCUUCUUCAGCCACAGCUGAUUGUCCGGCGUUUGCUGGACGUUGCUGUGCUGGUUCCUGGCCGUCCCUCAGAGCAGACCCUCUCCUCCCACAAUCGCUCAGCCCUGUACAAGGUCUUUGUACCCAGCUUCACUUACAGGGUUUCAGCACAGCUGGUGUGUGUGGGGGGCCACGGGACGUCCACCUGCCCUCUGACCCUGCGCCUACGUCCCAAGGCCCCACCCCUGCACAACUCAAGCUCAGUGACUUGUGGAGGUACCUCAGCAUGCCAGCUGGAGCUGGCAUUGCCUCCCUGGGGGCACUGGGUCUACGUGCGUGUGGAGACACCACCCCGGGGUCCUGGCAGGACUGUUCGCUUCCAGCUGUGUGUGCGGUUGCAAGAGUGCCCGCAGCCCAGCCUGUCCCGUGCCCUGGUCCCUGGAGCUGCCAUGAACAUGCCCCAGUCACUGGGCAACCAGGCAUUGCCCCCAGAGCCUCCAUCCCUCGGGGCCCUUGCAGAUGGGCCUGGGGCCACAUCCCCACCCGAGCACUGCUGGCCAGUACGUCCGACACUGCGCAAUGAGCUGGAUACCUUCUCUGUCCACUUCUACAUCUUCUUUGGCCCCAGUGUGUCCCUUCCCCCGGAGCGCCCAGCUGUGUUCUCCUUGAGGCUGCUGCCAGUGCUGGACAGUGGAGGCGUCCUCACCCUGGAGCUCCAGCUCAAUGCGAGCUCCCUGCACCAGGAAAAUGUGACAGUCUUUGGAUGCCUGACUCAUGAGGUGCCCUUGAGCCUGGGGGAUGCAGCAGUGACCUGUUCCAAAGAGGCUCUGGCCGGCUUCCUCCUCUCUGUCAGUGCCAUCUCCAGAGUGGCCAGGCUGCGAAUCCCCUUCCCCCAGACAGGGACCUGGUUCCUGACCCUUCGCUCCCUCUGCGGGGUGGGGCCCCAGUUCGUGCGGUGCCGGAACGCGACGGCCGAGGUGCGGCUGCGCACUUUCCUGUCCCCGUGUGUGGACGACUGUGGGCCCUAUGGGCAGUGCAAGCUGCUGCGCACGCACAACUACCUGUAUGCGGCCUGCGAGUGCAAGGCUGGGUGGAGGGGCUGGGGCUGCACUGACAGUGCAGACGCGCUCACCUAUGGAUUCCAGCUGCUGUCCACACUACUGCUCUGCCUGAGCAACCUCAUGUUUUUGCCACCUGUGGUCCUGGCCAUUCGGAGCCGAUACGUGCUUGAAGCUGCUGUCUACACCUUCACCAUGUUCUUCUCUACGUUCUAUCAUGCCUGUGACCAGCCAGGCAUUGUGGUUUUCUGCAUCAUGGACUACGAUGUGCUACAGUUCUGUGAUUUCCUGGGCUCCUUAAUGUCCGUGUGGGUCACUGUCAUUGCCAUGGCUCGUUUACAGCCUGUGGUCAAACAGGUGCUGUAUUUGCUGGGGGCUAUGCUGUUGUCCAUGGCUCUGCAGCUUGAUCGGCAUGGACUCUGGAACCUGCUUGGACCCAGUCUCUUCGCCUUGGGGAUCUUGGCCACAGCCUGGACAGUACGCAGCGUCCGCCGCCGGCACUGCUACCCACCCACGUGGCGCCGCUGGCUCUUCUACCUGUGCCCAGGAAGCCUUAUUGCAGGCAGUGCUAUCCUACUCUAUGCUUUUGUGGAAACCCGGGACAACUACUUCUACAUUCACAGCAUUUGGCAUAUGCUUAUCGCCGGCAGCGUGGGCUUCUUGCUGCCCCCUCGUGCCAAGACUGACCACCGGGUCCCAUCUGGAUCCCGGGCCCGGGGCUGCGGUUACCAGUUGUGCAUCAAUGAGCAGGAGGAGCUGGGCCUUGUGGGCCCAGGAGGGGCCGCUGUCAGCAGCAUCUGUGCCAGCUGAGUGGGGCUUUGGGCCUGGCCCUUUGGGAACAUGAACCCUUCCCUAGGGCAGAGAGCCCUUCCCUAGGAUUGAGAGACAAGCUGUAUUUCUUGAGGACAUAGAGUCUUUCUUAAGGAUACGGAGUUCUUCCAGGGACCCAGUGCUUGCCCCAGGGACGUGGAACUGAGGGCCUGGAGUCAUCCUGCAUCCAUGGAAUCCUUCUUAAGAAUUGGAGUCUGUGCAAGGACACAGAGCCCCUCAGAACCAGGGAGCCCCUCCUAGGGGUGUGGAGCCCUCCGGAGGACAUGGAUUCCUUCCCAGAAAGACAAAGCUCUCUCAGGAACAUGGUGUCAUUCCUGAGGAAAUGGAGUCCAUCUUGGGGAAACUGAGUCUCCAGAUCAUCCCAGCAGCUCAGCAACUCUGGCCUCAGACUACUUUCCCAGAGGCAGUGACUGGGCUGGGCUGUGCUGUGUGAGGGAGUGAGGAGUGCAGGACAAAUGGGGCUGGGCUAGGGUGGCUGGUAUCCUGAGUUGAUGGAGGUGGAGUCUGGUGUGUUUCCAAUGAAGUAUGUGCUGGUUCUCUGCUGCCUUUUUUUCUGGGGCCAAUGAUGUGGGAGCGUAGGGGAAGAGGGACCCUCAGGAAAUCAGCAGGAGUGAUGGAAGCCCAGCCUGAAUGACCUGCAGGAGCUACUGUUUGAGGCUUUGACCCCAUCAUGUACACACCUCAUCCCUCCCAUCUGGUCCUUGCAUUCACUUCCAAAUACCUUCCAAUGCUUGCUGUUCCAGGCACUGGGCUAGUUUGAAGGGAGACCAGGCUGCACUAGCUGGGAGUAGAGAGUGUGUGAGUGUGUGUGUUGGAGGGGGGGUGGCUGAGAAGACUUAAAUUGGUAUGAGAGACCUCCCUCAUGAAACUCACACUCAGUAGGGAAGGAAGUCUAGGUACCUGGUGGAGCAGGUAUGAAUCUCAGACCUGUAAGAAAUAUCACAAGAAUGUAAUGUCUAUUUUUAGCCCCCACUUUGAGUGCCAGAAACAUAAUCUUUUGUCAAUUUUGGAUUUCUUUUCUUUCCACAGGGGUCAUAGCAGAGUUCUGAGGGGUGUACAUAAUGCCAGGAUGUGGAGAGAGUGUUUUCUCUGGUCCCAUUGUCCGUGCUGCAUUUCUGUCGUGGCACCUGGUCCUCAGUGGCCCAGACAGGUCAUCCCAGAGAAGUUUCUUGUUCUCAUUGGCAUAACCUUUUUCAGUAUUAAGGCUCUCUCUGCCACUUCUGUGUCACAUGGGAAGAUGUUUGAGGUAGUUCAAGGCCUUGGCUAUCUAGAAACACCUUGAAGCCAUUUCUAUUUGGGGAUCUUGCUGCCUCCCUGGGUUUUAGUUGACCAGCAAGGCAUGGGUGGCUCCGGCUUUUAAAUUCUGCAAAUCUAUGCAGAGGUUUGCCACCUUCUCAAGACUUGGCCUGGGUACUGCAGCUCAGGGCCCCUCCCUUUUGGGACCCUCCUGUGCCAAUGCUCUCAUUACUUCCCCUCCUUUUUCUUUCUUUCCUCUAGCUCAGGGAAUGAAUCUUUUGUUAAUCUGGAGGUGGGGAAGCCUUACUUUUCUAUGUUUUCUCCCAAAUCUUUCAUCUACUCCUUAAGUCUUUUGCGUUCCAUUCUGGGCCUAGGCUUUUGAAACCCAAAAGCCAGGAAAAGAUUCCUUUGUUCUCUGCUUUCUGCAUCCACAUGUCUUCCUUGGGGAACUGGGUAGAGAAUGAUGGGACCAACUAAAUGGCAAAAAGGACAAAAGAGGUAUGGGCUAUGUGUCUGUUCUUAUAUCAGAAAAAAACUGUCUAAAAAAAAAAUAAAACAAACAAAAAAAACUAUUCCCAUGUAAGAAGUAAUCCAUCACACUAAGAUGUACAGAGCCAGAUCACAGGACAGAUGAACCCAACUAGGUGGAAUUCAGGACAGAGUCAGCAGAAUACAGAAGUCAUUGAGGAAGGAAAUGGAGCCAGGACAGAUCACACCCAGCUAGGGAGAUCAGAAGGGGCUCCCUGGAAGAGGAGGUUUGAGUGAGAAUAAAAUGUGCUUACGUAAUGCCAAGCUGUUGGAGGAGCAUUUUCUCUGACCACCAUGUCUACACUGCAUCUGCCCUCUGAGAUUUCCAUUGUUCCAUUUAGUCUCCAGUGAGUAAAACACUUAGAACAGUGCCUCACCUGGUACGUGAUAAGUGUUCAAUAUAUGUUUGUCAAAGGGCUGAAGUGUUUGGACAUGGGGAGGGAUGAAGGAGGGAAAGACACAAAGGCAGGAAAGACAUACUUUUUCAGGGAACUGAAUAGUUCGUAUGCCUGGGCCUGAAGAGAGAGAGAGAGUGUGUGUAUGUAAGUAGGCCAGUGGAGGCAAGCAGCCAGUGAUGAGGGUGGACAAAAGAGCGUGUCUAGUUUUUAUCCUACAGGAAAUGGGCAGGGAUUUAAGCUGGAGAGUAGCUUCAAUUGAUGUUUUAGAUGGCCAGCGUGAAGGAUGGAUUUUGGAGAGAGUUUGGAUGACAGUGGUGUGGUGACACAGCUGUUGCAGUAUUUGAGAGAGAGAUAGUAAAUGCUUCUUAAUGCAGUAGCAAUGAAAAAGAGGGCCUCUAUAGGACUUAGUGACUGGUUGGAUGUAUGGGAUGGUGAGGGAUAACAGGAAGUCUAUGGUGACCACCAUGUUUCUGGCUCGGUGACUCCAGGCUGGUAGUGCUAUUCCCUGAGAUGGUGACAUGACUUUCAAGGGGUAUCUUAGUCAUCUAGUGCUGCUAUAAGAGAUAAUACCACAAGUGGAUGGCUUUAACAAAGAGAAAUUUAUUCUCUCACAGUCUAGUAGGCUAGAAGUCCAAAUUCAGGGCGUCAGCUUCAGGGGAAGGCUUUCUUUCUCUGUUCGCUCUGGGUGAAGGUCCUUCUCAUCAAUCUUGCCCUGAACUAGGAGCUUGUCUAUGCAGGAACCCAGGGCCCAAAGGAUAUGCUCUUUCCUGGUGCUUCUUUCUUGGUGGUAUGAGAUCCCCACUCUCUGCUUGCUUCCCUGUCCUUUUAUCUCUUGUAAGAUAAAAGGUGGUGCAGGCCACACUCCAGGGAAACUCCAUUUACAUUGGAUCAGGGAUGUGAUCUUAGUAAGGGUAUUACAAUCACAGUAUAAUCCUCUUUAACAUAAAAUUACAAUCACAAAAUGGAGGACAACCACGCAAUACUGGGAAUCAUGGCCUAACCAAGUUGACACAUAUUUUGGGGGGGCACAAUUUAAUCCAUGACGAGGGUUGUAUGUGAUGAGUUCAGUUUUGGACACUUUGAUUUGAGGUACCUAGGGGAUCCCUGUGGGGUGGGACAUCAGCAAUAAGACAGCUCUGGGCGUAGCUGCUGAACCAGGCCUGGAACCUCAGUCUCUUCGGUUGUCUCCUGAUUUGUUUCAGUGGGAGACAGCACAAGAUCCAAACAACACCUGUCUUCCUUGAAUACAGGGCUGUAGUCAGCAGAUAUUGCUGGACCCUCAUGUGUGUCUGCAUACAUAGCCAGACUAGGACCCCUGACCAUUUACAGUUGCUUGGAGCAAUUACAGUAACAUAAGGCUCAAUCCCCAGGUGAUGACUUUGUGAGGGCUUCUAAGUGAGAAUUCAGUUCAGCGAAUCUUCUAUAGAGAAGGCUCUGUGGGAGCUCUAGGGGUGAACCAGACCUGGUUGAAUUCUGCCCUCAAGGAGCUGACAUUGUGAGAUAUAACUAAUGUAAGGCAGAAUGGGAUAGUUACUAAGUGAAAGACUAACAAAGUGCUGUAGAAUAUAAAGAAAAGAAAAGAGAAUAAUUUCGAACUGCACUAGGAAAGGAUGCAUGAAAGGUGGUGUCUAACCUGGCUUUUAAAAUUUGUUCUAGGUCUUAUCGUAGAACAGCAUGAGUAGAUAUGGAGAUGGGACAGUACAGACGAUGUAGUAAGGGGGAACGGCUCAUGUGAAUGGGGCUAGUGGAAAACAAGGCUGCAGAAGCUGGUGGAGCCAGAUUCUGGAGGGCCUUGAGGACUCAGCUGAAGAAUUUGGACUUAAUGCUGUAGAAAUGGGAACCCAUCAAAGACUCUUGAUAUGAAGAAUGGUGAAUUAGUUCGAGCUUAUCAAAGUAGCAGAACCACUGUGAGUGACAUAAGGGAUUUAUUAUAGAGAAUAGGCUUUAUGCAGUUGGGGGAGCAGUUGGAGAAGUCUAUGUAAAACUGUUACCUCUGCAUUUGGUGUUGAACCUGCAGUAGGUCAGCUGGGCUGGCAGUCAGGUAGAAAAGCUGGAUGUAAACCGAGGGAGAGUAAGGACAAACUAGGACCCAUGAGGACAAACUGGAACCUGUGUCUGUCUCACACUGCCUUCAAUCUCAAUGACGUGGAAGACCUACAGAAGAAGCUGGUGUUCUUCACCAUGGAGCUUGUCUUAAUUACCUAGUGCUGCUAUAACAAAUAAAAGUGGAUGGCUUUAACAAACAAGUUUAUUCUCUUAUAGUCUAGGAGGCUAGAAGUCCGAAAUUCAGGGUGCCAGCUCCAGGGGAAGGCUUUCUCUCUCUGUUGGCUCUAGAGGAAGAUCCUUGUCAUCUGUCUUCUCUUAGACUAGAAGCUUCUCAGUGCAGGAACCCUGGGUCCAAAGGACGUGCUCACUCCCGGCUCUUGUUUCUUGGUGGUAUGAGGUUCCAGUGUCUCUACUUGCUUCUGUCGUUUAUAUCUCAAAAGAGAUUGGCUUAAGACAUAAUCUAAUCUUACAGAUUGAGUCCUGCCUCAUUAACAUAACUGCCACUAAUGCCAUCUCAUUGACAUCAUAGAGAUAGGAUUUACAACAGAUAGGAAAAUCACAUCAGAUGACAAAAUGGACAGUACUGGGAAUCAUAGCUUAGCCAAAUAGAUGCACAUAUUUUGGGGGGACAGAAUUCAAUCCAUGACAGAGCUGUACUUGGCUCAGGAUUCAGAACAGCUGAAGGAAGAAAGCUGGUGACAAGUAGAGGAGCUGAGGGCCCAGCUUCUACCCCAUGCUAACAAGGCAAGCCAGUAGAUCAGUGACAAGAUGUAUGUGUUCCUACAGUGCCUGGUGUCCUAUACUGACCUAAGCAUAAAAUAUAUUUGCUGCUUCACUUCCGCCUCUCAAAUCUUACACAAAUCUCUCUAGUGGUCAAUCCUAACUCUGAACCAUACAGGGAAGAGAAUUUUGGGAAAUGUAGUUCCAACCUAGUUAGGUUGACACAGUACAAAGCUACCGUAAGAUGAGUAACCUUUCACUCAGUAUGUAGGAUGGGUGGUCAGGGCAAAGGAAGCCAAAUCUCUAGCAGCUCUUGGGUUGACUAGGAUAGUAUGGUAGUCAUUAGUCUAUUCACAAAUAUCUCAGUCCGCUCUUUCCUUCCGGACACAUGGUAGCCAAGCUUCCCUUCUUCCUUGAUGUUAGAUGUGGUCAUGUGACUUGUGUUGACUGAUAAAACAUAAGUGGAAGUAAGAUGUCACUUCUGAAUGGAAAUUUUAAGAGUGCAUACUUUGUCACUUUCUCUUUUCCUUUUUUCAUGAUGAC